CCAUUCCCAGAAGAUGUCUUCCUACCGAGGGAUGAUCAGCUCCCGCUGCCUUGUGCCCUGCGAGGUGACCUGUAUGCAGCCAGUGGCGAAUGCCUGGAGCCAGCCCUGUGUUACGUCCUGCGGUGAUUCGAGGGCCGUAAUCUACCCACCACCUGUGGUCAUGACCUUCCCAGGACCCAUUCUCAGCUCCUGCCCUCAGGAGAGCAUAGUGGGCAGCUCAGCACCAUCCAGCAUUGGGAGCUUGUUUGGAUCCAUGAGCUCUCUGGGUACCAGGGGCUCCUAUGGUUCCAGGAGCUUGUACAGUUAUGGGAGGUCAUAUUCUUCCUAUGGAUCCAGUGGUUAUGGUUUUGGGAGCUGCAGACCAUGUUAAACAUGCAAUGAAUAAGGAGCAAUCACCCAACAUGGAGGAAGAUAUACCUCCACAAACCCUGUUGCUGACACCUCUUCCCUGGAGCGUGAAUUGUGCAUCUCUUGCAUAUAAUUCUCAAGCUAAUGGUUUAAUUUAGUUUUCUGACAGUUAUUUCCAGUGGCUCCUGGUAAUACUGGCCUCAAAUUAGUUAUAUCAAUGAUCUUUGGCUGGAGGAAAGUGGGACAAGAUUGUGUAAGUCUUCCCAUGCCAUGAAAAAGCAAGAGUAAUG